GACCUAUCUUCUAAAAUAUAGUUUGAACUUAGUUAUCGUGUCAAAAAGGCGAAAUUCGGGCAAAUAGAUUGUCUACAAGUUUAAAUAAAAUCUCAAAUAUGGGGUAAUUGCCCUAGUAUCCUUAAUGAUAAGUGAUCCGAAAUAACAUGAAAAGCUGGUGCCCCUUUUGUCAAGAAUGGGCACAUUUAGGUUCAAUUUCACCUGAUAUUUCCCUAUUCUGCAAGCCAAUGGACAUGUGCACCAAACUCGAACAGGAAAGAAGAAGAAAAAAAUAGCAAGUAGUUUGAUACCAUCACAUUAUAGAAUGGCAUGAGGUACAUCUGUUUGGUGAAGACUUAAGGAGAUGAGCAAAAGAUACUUGCCCAUCCUUGUAAAUAACCAAUUCUGCAGCGAGCUGCUUCGUCUAGCCGAACAAGUUACCUCCAGUCGGUCGGUGUGCAAGGCUGCAAGCAUCGGCUACUCACUAUUCUAAUGCAUGCGCUGCUACCUAAACCAAAGAUUUAAACAUGAGCAAGAGCAGAGCAUACCUGCAAGGCUAAAACCGCAUCUUCCUCCUCAUAAAUCUUCAGCCACAAGGGCCAUAUCAGGUGAGAUGGGAUGAAUCGCUUGCUUGCAAGAAACAUGCAUGGCUAGCUAGCGAUCGAUCAGUGUAUAUAUAUAAAGGUGUCCAUUUGUUUCCGGCAGUCCCAUGAUGGACAAGAAGCGGUGCUGAUUAAUCCGUCGCCAUGGAUUCAGAGCUCUCGAUAGCGUUCUUCUUGUUGAUAGUUUUUGCAGCGUGUUGUUGCUCUUCUUCGGGUACCCACCAUGACCCCUCGGUCGUUGGGUACUCGCAGGAGGACAUCGCGCUGCCGAGCGGGAUUCAUGAUCUCUUCAGCUCGUGGUCGGUGAAGCACAGCAAGGUCUACGUGACCCCGAAGGAGAAGGUGCGGAGGUACGAGGUGUUCCGGCAGAACCUGAAGCACAUCGUGGAGACCAACAGGAGGAACGGGAGCUACUGGCUGGGCCUGAACCAGUUCGCCGACGUCGCCCACGACGAGUUCAAGGCCGGCUACCUUGGGCUGAGCACCGGCGGGCGGCCGCACGCUCCGACGACGGCGUUCCGGUACGAGGCCGCCGUGGACCUGCCCUGGGAGGUGGACUGGAGGAAGAAGGGGGCCGUGACGCCGGUCAAGAACCAGGGAAAAUGCGGAAGCUGCUGGGCCUUCUCGACUGUGGCGGCGGUGGAAGGGAUAAACCAGAUCGUGACGGGCAGGCUGGAGUCGCUGUCGGAGCAGGAGCUGAUGGACUGCGACAGCACCUUCGAUCACGGCUGCGGAGGGGGCCUCAUGGACUUCGCCUACGCCUACAUAGUGGGCAACCAGGGGAUCCACACCGACGGCGACUACCCCUACCUCAUGGAGGAGGGCGACUGCAAGGAGAAGCAGCCCCACUCCAAGGUCGUCACCAUCAGCGGCUACGAGGACGUGCCGGAGAACAGCGAGGUGAGCCUGCUGAAGGCGCUGGCGCACCAGCCCGUCAGCGUGGGCAUCGCUGUGGGGAGCAGAGACUUCCAGUUCUACAAAGGGGGGGUGUUUGAAGGAACGUGUGGCACUCAGCUGGACCAUGCGCUGACGGCCGUCGGAUACGGCUCAUCCAACGGCCAGGACUACAUCAUCAUGAAGAACUCGUGGGGCGGGGGCUGGGGCGAGCAAGGGUAUAUCAGGAUCAAGAGGGGCACUGGGAGGCCCGAGGGCGUCUGCGACAUCUACAAGAUUGCCUCUUACCCUAUCAAGAACAACAGAACGGGUUGGGGGUGGGGGGCCUGAUUUUGUCGACGGCAUAAAUGUCACUGAAACUCAUUGUUCGUUCAUUGCAAGUGCUAGCACGUGGAUGCAACAUCGCCUUUCUUUUUGUUGAACACGAAGCAACAGCAGUCAAACAAGUUAGGCGGUCUGUAAAAUAUUUGGCUCCGGUGAGAAAAUCUGGUUGUUCGACGGCAAUUCA